AUGGAUGAUGAAAAGUGGUGUCAACUAUCAAUCACAGAUAAAAUUGGACGGCUGGAAGUUGGUAGUGAAACUGUGAUAGACAAAAGCAAGUCCAUUAAGACCUUCCUUAUGCAAAUUUUUGAGGAAUUUGGUAAUGCUGACAUUGAAGGAGUGGAUUCAACAAAUGCAUGCUAUGGUGGGACUGCAGCUUUAUUCAAUUGUAUAAAUUGGGUGGAGAGUAGUUCAUGGGAUGGGCGUUAUGGACUUCUUGUGUGCACCGACAAUGCUGUCUAUGCAGAAGGUCCAGCCCGACCAACUGGAGGAGCAGCUGCCAUUGCCAUGCUAGUAGGACCUGGUGCACCUAUUGCUUUUGAAAGCAAAUUUAAAGGCAGUCAUAUGUCUCAUGCCUAUGACUUCUACAAGCCCAAUCUUGCGAGUGAAUACCCUGUAAUGCUUCUUCACAUCUUGUUUACCGUUUACUGCUUUUGUCUGAUCAGCCUUGUUGAUGAGGCCGCAAGAGAAAAGCUAGCUCCAUUUUCAGCCCUAUCUAAGGAUGAGAGCUACCAGAGCCGGGAUCUUGAAAAGUUUCCUCCUGAAAAAUUUGUCGAAACAUUGAAGCUAAUGGAGCAUCGCUAUGGUGCCAAGGCCUUUGUGAUGAGCAAGGACUGUAGCUUGCUGGCUUCAGGCACCUAUUAUCUUACUGAAGUUGACUCUAUGUACCGGAGAUUCUAUGCCAAGAAAUCUGGGGAUGGCGACAACACUGAUCCUAUGUCUACAUGUUAG